CAUUUUGCUUACUGGGACAAUAGGAGACCUUAUCAAAUUUGGGAGAUAAUAAACGCGACCGUUCGAAGGACAAGCCAGAGCACGGUCUACUUGUCGAUUAGCGAUUGGCUUAAGCCAGACGAGGAGGGAUAAACCAAGCGAUAUAAACGUCGGCGAUUUUGGCAGGCGCGCGCCCCGAUCAGACAGAACUUGUAAUAAACAUAUUUUAAUCUCUUAUUAAUAUCUCGCUUUCUAAAUUAACCCGGCCAUCCCAUAUAUAUAUCUUUCCAUCCUGUUAUAUUUACUAUAGUUUCUCAGAAGUGGGAUUCGGACGUUGCGCCCGGUUUCGCGAAUUCGGCUCGGGAUAGGCGAUUCGAGAUUUUGCUUGUGAUACGUGUCGAGUGCGAGACGCACAGGUAGAAAACGAUCAACGCGUGGUGAUCUUUGGAUCGCGCGAGUAUUGUGGACAUCGCGCUGCGCCGAACAAAGUUAUCGAGCGGAUCUGAGUGACGAUGGCGGAGUCGGUGCAGCCGGGUGAUUUCACCAUCACCGAGAUGAGGGAGGCUCUUCGCGAAAGAGGAUUGACGGUAGGAGGAUCAAAGGCCGAGCUCAUCCAGCGGCUAAACACCAACGACCCAGGUGUGUGGGAAAGGCUGAGUGAGCGGCGGGGACGGGCGAUCUGCUCGGGCGACGUCCCGGCCUCGGAAGUUGCGCGCUCGCCCAGUGAAUCGGGCGACGCCAUGGAAAUGGAGACCGUGGACGGUACGCCGAGACGAGGGGAUCGAGCGAGUAUGACGACAUCGGAACCGAGAGAACGUGGUGACGCGAUGCAGGCGGAACUUUUGUUACUGCGUCGAGAGCGAGAGAUUCUGGAGAGGGAACAGCAGCUACUUCGACGAGAAAUAGAGAUAAUGAAAAGUGCAGCCUCGACACCGACGAUAACGAGCGGCAGCGUCAUUUCUGCGUUUGACGGCGUGAGGGGAAUUAAGGAGCUGCUACCUGAAUUUGACGCAGCGGAUGGCACUUUCUGGAGGUGGAGGCAGCAGCUGGAGUUAUUAAGACGCACGUAUCAAUUGGACGAUAAUUCGACGAGGGUGUUAAUUGGCUCUCGGUUGAGGGGCCGUGCGUUGUCUUGGUUCUACUCGAGGGCCGAGCAUGUGACGUUGGGCCUGGAGGACCUUCUGCGAGAGAUGGAGUCAAUGUUUGAUCUGCGGCCAGGGAAAUUGUCGCUGAGAAGAGAAUUCGAGGCUCGUGUGUGGAAAGGAGACGAGCAGUUUUGUGAUUAUUAUCACGAAAAGGUGAUUCUCGCGAAUCGCAUACCGAUCGCGGAGGACGAGCUCCUGGAUUACAUCAUCGAAGGAGUGACCGAUCCUCGUCUGCAGAGUCAGGCGCGCCUGAUGAACUUUCGAUCUGGAGGGGAGCUGUUGGGAGCUUUCGAGAAGGUGGCCCGAGUGAAUCCUAGGAGACCGGACGUCCGCCCGGGAAAGGACGGGGCGAGGACGGCCGUCGGCGGAGGAGCGGAGGCAUCGGCGCGGGGGAGCUCGACGAGGUGCUACAGGUGUCGUGGAGUGGGACACACCGCGGCUCGGUGCAUGCGAUCACAGACAAAGCGAGUGUGCUAUGUGUGCGAAUCUCCGGAUCAUUUGGCUAGGGAGUGUCCGAAGAGAAAUCGGCCCGCGGUGUCGGGAAUGCCGAACAGCGCUGCACGAGCUGCGUCGACGAACGUUGUGCAGCCUGUCGCGUUGGCAAAACCAUACAUGAUUGCCGUAAAAAUUAUAGCUAGGAAUAGGAGUGACGGUUUCGAUAAUUAUGUGGUAGAUGCAAUGAUAGAUUCUGGCUCUCCGAUUAGCUUGGUUAAGAGCGAAAUAAUUCGGGGCGACUCACGUCUGCUCGCCGGUGAGAGCAUCGAUCAAUUUUGCGGAAUUAACGGCUCGCGAUUGAAUAUUGAUGGUAUCGCUCACGUCGACUUAGAAGUGAGAGGCGUGCGCUUAAAAAUGAAAUUUUAUACGGUGCCUCAUGAUACAAUGGCAUAUAGCGUCUUACUCGGUAGAGAUUUUUUGGGUUGUCCGUUGCUGCGUGUGACGUUAGGGCGAAAUCUCGAAAUUGCGAAUGCGGAAGAAGCGCACGUUAUUUCUCAAAUGAUGCAUAUCGAGUGCGACGACUGUGUUGUACGUUCGCGCGAGGAACUAAAAAUUAAUCCGGCCGUUGGCAAGGACACCACUGAAAAGAUCUGUGAGAUCUAUGAAUCUUGUUAUUUAAGUAAUCUCGAGCGGAGAAAUGCGCGCCGGAUUUCGAGAUGGUUAUUGCACUGAAGCACGAACAACCAAU